GCCGCGAGAUGGAGACCUGCCUCGACGGGAGGGGGAUGCCGCUUCCCAAGAGGUUCAGGCUCGAGGGCGGCGCCGCGGCCGCGGCCGCGCGCCCUGGGCGGCCUCGAGACGGAGCGCCGCCGGGAGGUGGAUACCUACCUCGACUGGAUCGGGAUCCCGCUUCCCAAGGGGUUCUCAGGCUCGAGGGCGGCGCUGCGGCCGCGACCGCCGGGCAGGUCGCCCUGGCCGUCGGGUCAGAGAACUCUGAGAGGCGCUGCGGACCUGCGGAGCCGCCAGGGAGCGGUUGGCGCGCUGCUGCCGCCUGGGCAACCAGUUUCGCCGUUGCGCUUCGGCUCUGCCAACACCACGGCCAGGUCGGGGAUGCUCCGCCGGCUGCAGGCGGAGGCGAGCGGCCCUGUGGCCUGCCUGCAGGAGACGGGCACGCCUGCCGCGGCCUGCGAGGCCGUGGAGCGGGCCUCGGCGCCGAGUGGAAGGUCAUCCUGGCGCGGUCGGGAGCCUACCUGGCCGCCGCCCGAGCUCCGUUCGUCAUCGGUGGCGACUGGAACUGCUCAGCCCAGGAACUCGAGGCGUGGGGCUGGCCGCAGAGGGCGCCGGGCAUGGCCACGCUCCGCACCGGCAGCGGGUCGGAGCUCACCUACUUUGUGGCGUCGGCGGGGCGGGGCGGCGAGGCACGGCGGCGGCCGCCCGCGCGCGCGCUGCUUCGAGAGGCCCGCCGGGCACGGGAGCGCCCGGGCACCCAGUGGGCCCCGCGGAGUCGGCCGCGGACGGUGCCUGGCGCGGCCCGCGGCCUCUGCAAGGGCCCCUCGCGGCCGGGCGCCCGACGUCGCCGACAGAGAUCUGGACGCCCGACAUUGUCAUGGGCACGGAAAAGAGCGUUGCGCCUGCUGCCCUCGACGCUCUGCAGGCCAAUGACCAGGUCACGUGGAGGUUCGGGGAGCUGGAGCCGUUCGACCUGGAGGACGUGCCGCCGAGACCCUCUUGGAGCUGCCGCCGCCGCCGCCACCGCCUCCCCCGGAGAUCGUCGCCGCGGCAGCGGCCUUUAAGGCGGGCUUGGCAUGCGGCGUCGACGCCUUGAAUCUCAGCGCCGACGUGCUCUGCGCUCUGGGGCUGAUUUCUUGCUGGCGCCCUCCCCCCGCCGUAGGGUGCCUGGCUAAACGUGGCGGACAGAGCGUGGAGCUAAAAAAAACGUUGGGGUUGAUGCUGCACGUGAUCGAGGCGACCGCAUUCAUCCCGAGAGCCCUGAGCGAGGUCCUUGUGGGCUUUCGACAGGGACCCCGCGCGCGCCCUCCGCCUGGAGUCGAUGAGCACGCUCCUGGGCUUCUCCAGGGCCUUCGAGGGGGCCACGCACGCGGGGCUCUCGAUGGCGGCGCGUCGGCAUGGCUACAGGCCCCGCCGGCGCAAGCUGCUGCUUCGAGUCCACGGAGGGCCCCGACGCUUGUGCCUUGAC